GUGUGUACUCCGGUGCGCUAUCCACUCUCCAGCCCACCCCCAGAAUACGCCACCACUCUCGCCCUCGAGCGGCGGCAAGGUAGGCUCGCAGACGACGCUCCACCGCUCAGUACCCAGCAGCUCGUCACUAGAAGGCGGGUGAGCUGAGCUCGGCUCGCAACGGGAAGCAGACGCCACCCGCUUAUCCGCGCUAAGGUUCGCCACUGCGACAGACAUAUUAGGAGAUUUUCAGAGAUGGCAUGCCCCAGCAUUUCUUGGGGAUGCGUUCUUCUGCUGCUGUGUUUCGCUUCGAGGGGAGAUGCAGAGUACAUGAAGUACAAGGAUCCGAAGCAGCCUGUCAACACCAGAAUCAAGGACCUGCUUGGUAGAAUGACUCUUGCUGAAAAGAUUGGCCAAACGACGCAGAUCGAGCGCACGGUUGCAUCUGCGGACGUCAUGAGAAAAUACUUCAUAGGUAGCAUCUUAAGUGGUGGUGGAAGUGUCCCUGCUCCCCAGGCCACUCCUGCAGUUUGGGUCAACAUGGUAAAUGAAUUCCAGAAAGGUGCCUUGUCAACACGUCUGGGAAUUCCUAUGAUUUAUGGGAUUGAUGCCGUUCAUGGUAAUAACAACGUCUACAACGCCACCAUAUUCCCUCACAACGUUGGGCUUGGAGCUACAAGGGAUCCUGACCUUGCAAGGAGGAUUGGUGAAGCAACUGCUCUUGAAGUACGGGCAACAGGCAUUCCAUAUGCCUUUGCUCCAUGCGUUGCAGUUUGCAGAGAUCCAAGAUGGGGUCGAUGCUAUGAGAGCUACAGUGAAGACCACAAGAUUGUUCAGCAGAUGACAGAUAUUAUCCUUGGUCUGCAAGGAGAGAUCCCAGUUAAUCAAACCAAAGGUGUUCCUUAUGUUGCUGGAAAGGAUAAAGUUGCUGCUUGUGCUAAACACUUCGUUGGUGAUGGUGGAACGCAUAAUGGAAUCAAUGAGAACAACACGAUAGUUGACGAGCGCGGACUGCUAGGCAUUCACAUGCCACCAUACUAUGACUCCAUUAUAAAGGGUGUCGCAACUGUUAUGGUCUCAUAUUCAAGCGUGAAUGGUGCAAAAAUGCAUGCCAAUCAUGAUCUAGUCACUGGCUACUUGAAAUCCAAACUGCGCUUUAGAGGUUUUGUGAUAUCUGAUUGGCUAGGAAUAGACCGGAUAACCUCACCACCUGCUGCAAACUAUACUUACUCCGUGCAAGCUGGAAUAAAUGCUGGUAUUGAUAUGGUUAUGGUGCCAUUCAAUUUCACCCGUUACAUUGAUGAUGCGACAUCUCUUGUUAACAAGAGUAUCAUCAGCAUGAGCAGAAUCGAUGAUGCUGUGAGUCGUAUCCUUCGAGUGAAAUUUACAAUGGGCCUAUUCGAGAACCCUUUAGCUGAUCUUAGCUUCGCAGAUCAGCUUGGAAAGAAGGAGCACAGGGAAUUGGCUAGAGAAGCUGUCAGGAAAUCACUUGUUCUAUUGAAAAACGGCAACACUCCUAAUCAACAAUUCCUGCCUCUCCCAAAGAAAGCUAAAAGGAUACUUGUAGCUGGAAGUCAUGCUAGCAAUUUGGGCUACCAGUGUGGUGGGUGGUCAAUUGAAUGGAUGGGUGGCAGUGGAGAUAUUACCGUUGGAACAACAAUUCUUGAUGCCAUAAAGUCCACUGUUGAUGAUUCAACAUCUGUUGUCUACUCUGAGAACCCUGAUGACAGCUUCAUGAAGAAAAACGAUUUUUCGUUUGCUAUCGUUGUUGUUGGUGAGCCACCAUAUGCUGAAACAGUAGGUGAUAAUAGUGACCUGACUAUCCUAGAUCCUGGUCCAGACACAAUCCGAAACAUCUGCUCGAGAGUUAAAUGUGCAGUUGUUAUCGUCUCUGGACGGCCCGUUGUCGUUGAACCAUAUCUUCCUUUGAUGGAAGCGCUUGUUGCUGCCUGGCUUCCUGGCACAGAAGGUCAGGGUGUUGCUGAUGUCCUUUUUGGGGACUACGGCUUCACAGGGAAGCUUUCGCGCACUUGGUUCAAAUCAGUUGACCAGCUGCCCAUGAAUGUCGGAGACCCACACUAUGACCCACUCUUCCCUUUCGGCUUCGGAUUGACAGUAAAUUCAUCACAGCCUGGGUUCUCGGAAGCCAGAAGUCACGGAGACAAGAAGGAAAUAACGGUUUGUGUCGCGUUGAGUUUGGUACUGUCAAUGGUGCUGACUUUUGAUUUGGGCAUAGGUAUAUUUCAGCGUGGAGCCACACUUUUGUAGCCAUAGCAUGAUUAAUCCCCUUUGCUGGUGAUCAUUAAUCCACGUGGAUUAUUGUUGGAUGAUAUCCCCGCAGAAGGUUUUAUGCUAACCUAGAUAAGCCAUUGAUUGGUAGAUAUGUUCUUUCAUUGAAUUAUCCCUUGCUCGUGUCUAGCUUGUAUUUGUUUUUAAUCUAGUGAGGACAAAGUUAGAUUAUGCAAUUCCUGUUUGGUAAUGAAAUACUGAAGUACUCUCC